UUUCGUCCCCCUUUUGUCGUUCUUCUUUUUCUUGGCGCGUCUUUUUGUCUUGGCAGUUUUUACUUUUCGCUCAUUUCCCCAGAAAUGUGAUUAAAAUAAAGAAAUGCGGGAAAAUGGCCCAGUACGAGCCUCAACAACCACUGACGACGCCUACCGCUCAGGAGUUUGGAUUUCCAUAUACAGCAUACGCAAUUCAGGAGCAGCUGAUGCAGGAUAUUUUCCAGGUGCUAGAAAAUGGAAAGGUUGGCAUAUUCGAGAGUCCCACCGGAACGGGGAAGUCCCUUACCCUUACGUGUAGCGCACUCACCUGGCUAGCAAGGCACGAAGAGUUGGUGCGCUCAGAAAUCCUUGCGAGGAUCGGCGAAGUUAAGCAAGAGCUGGCAACUCUUGAAGAGGAGAACCAGCUGGCAAGGGAUUGGCUGGAAACCCAAGGAAAGUCCAGGAUACAACGAGAGGAACUACAGAAGCUGCAGCACUUGCAGAAUCUGCUGGACAAACAAGAUCAACAGCUAUCAGGGAUCAGGAAUCGGGCUAAAGCUUAUAAAAAGCAAAAAAGGCAACCUCUAAGCAAGCAGGUGGAACUAGAAAAUGACAGAGAAUCCACCUCCGACUCGGAUUCAGAUCACGAAACUACAGACGGACCUCAGGAAACCACCGAAGACCGCUAUCGCCCAGUACAAAUAUUUUUUUGCAGUCGCACCCAUUCGCAAUUAGCACAAAUCGUGACGGAACUCCGCAAAACACCGCAUGGGCAGUCAGUGAGGUGCAUCUCCCUGGGCUCCCGGCAGCAAUUGUGCGGCAAUCCGCAGGUACGCAGCCUCAAGCAAGUUGGGCUGAUGAAUGAGCGUUGCCUAGAUAUGGCAACCAAGAAACCACAUCCCAAUCCCAGCAAAAAAAGUCGUCUAACUGAAGAGGUCAACAGUAGGUGCCCUCUUAAAAUUACUUCUUUAAUGGAAUCUCUUAGAGAUUUGGCCUUGAGCGAACCCCUAGAUAUUGAGGAGAUGGCCAGCGAAGGGGCAGCUUGCGGCGCUUGUUCAUACUACGCCUCCAGAUCCGCUUUAGAGCAAGCUCAACUAAUCCUAUUGCCAUAUCAGCUAAUAUUCCAGAAAUCCGCCCGAAGCCAGCUAGGCAUAAAUGUCAAGGGAUCCAUUGUAAUAAUCGAUGAGGCUCAUAAUCUUUUAGAAAGUUUGUCUCAGCUUCAUGGUGCAGAAAUCAAACGGCAACAGUUGGAGAAGGCUAAAGUGGAGAUAUCUUGCUAUAAAGAGUACUUUCAGAAACGUUUUAGCACAAAAAAUCUGUUAAAAAUAAAUCAACUCAUAUUUAUAGUCCGCCGCUUGCUUAAAAUUGUCGAUCCGGGCGAGGAAACCAAGCCCAAUUCCUCUCGAAUGCUACGCACCUAUGAGCUAACAGCUGAAGGAGACUUUUUUAACAUUGAUCUCUGUGAGCUUCUUGACUUUUGCGCACGCACUCGAUUAGCCAGGAAAGUCCAGGGGCAUGCGGCCAAGAUGCAGAGAGCCCCACGGCCCAAUGAGAAUCUGCCUCCCGUGUCAUCGGCGAGGAGUGUGAUCCUUCAACGAUUGGCUAACGAGCAGAAGCAAAACGAUAAGUCAAAGCAUCUUAAGAGGAAAAUAGAAGAAGUCCAGGACGCACGUGAAGAGCAACUAGAAAAGCACUGUCCGCCAAGUAAGCUAGUCCUGGACUUAUCUCCCUCUCCCAUGAAACCAUUGCUGUCAUUUCUGGAAACGCUAACCAGCGAUGCUCAGGAUGGCAGGAUCUUAUUAGAUCCCCAAGGGGGAAUCCUCAAAUAUUUACUGCUGGAUCCCGCCGAGCAAUUCUCUGAUAUUGUUAGCGAAGCCAGAGCGAUUGUGAUUGCUGGAGGAACCAUGCACCCUACUCAGGAGUUAAAGGAGCAACUGUUUUCCAGUUGCCAGGGUCGUCUGGUAGAGCGUUUCUACAGUCAUGUUGUGCCAAAUGAUGCGGUCUUGCCUUUUGUAGUGUCCAACGGUCCAACGGGAGCACCUUUGUGUUUUAAAUUUUCCGAGAGGGCCACUUCACAAAUGCUCCAGGAGCUCUCUAUGAUUCUUCAAAAUCUGUGCCAAGUGAUACCAGGAGGAAUGGUUUGCUUUCUGCCAUCCUACGAAUAUUUAGAUAAGGUUUACAAGCAUCUAGAGCAGUCAGAAACUCUCAAAAGUAUUUCCCGUCGGAAGGUCGUGUUCAAGGAAUCCUCAGGAUCAGCAGAACAGCUUUUGGAGAAGUAUGCUUUGGCCAUUAAGGAAUCUGGUUCAGGAGGAGCCCUUCUACUGAGUGUCGUAGGAGGUAAACUCUCCGAGGGCCUGAAUUUCACCGACGACCUUGGUAGAGCAGUUUUAGUGGUUGGGUUACCGUAUCCCAAUCGCAAUUCGCCGGAACUGCAGCAGAAAAUGAAGCACCUUGAUGAGAAACUCGGACCCGGGUCGGGCAACGAAUUUUACGAGAACUUGUGUAUAAAGGCGGUGAACCAGUGUAUUGGACGAGCUGUUCGUCACAUUAAGGACUACGCUUGUGUCUAUCUGCUAGACGAACGAUUUUCGAGUGUUAGGAUACGGGGUAAACUUCCCGAAUGGAUUUCCCGGCACAUUGUACAGGCGAGCGCAGAAAAUGGAGGUUUCGGAGCGGUUCAAGCGCGAACUGCUAGAUUUUUUAAGAGCAGAUAGAAUAUUGUAAUGUUAACUCUUAUGGCAGCUUGUCAUUAUAGUUGCGUUUGUAGAAUUUACAUUUACCAUGGAAAGAAUUUAUUAUUUUUUUUUUUAAAGAUUAUGUAUAUGUAUAAUAUAAACAAUUUUUUAAAAUAAAUAUUGCCUGAAAGGAAUUCUAAGGAAU